GGAGAGAGGGAGGGAGGCGAGGGGAGGGGAGGGGAGGGGAGAAGGGGGGGUGUAGGGAGACAGAGACGUGGGGCGGGGUUUACUUGCCCUCUGCGCUUCUCGGGCAGGACAUCUUGCACCGGCGCAGAUUGCGCAGGAGGGGUGGGUUGGGGUACAGUGUCGAGCGAGACGAGAAGGAAGACACGGAGAUCUGCUGCUGCUGCCGUCCGAGGUGAAGAAGAUUGUGGUGGAAGGAAGGCAGGAGGAAACGCAGCCGAGGAGGAGGAGGAGGAGGAGGAGAGCGGCAGGGGAAAUGUGCAAGUGACGACGAUGGAGAAGAGAGACGGGCUGUGAUUCUAUGUGUAGGAUUGACCAGGGGAGCGGGGCAGAAUCCAGGGAUAGGAAUCCAUGGAAGCAGGAGCAAAGCGCCAGGGAGAAAUGGAAUUGUAGAGUAAAGCGCAGAGACGACCCUUUGUGGGUGGGGAUUUUUUCCCCGUAGGAAAUAAAAACAGAAUGGACCCUGCCGGGAGUGGGGAACAGUUCGUGGUGGGAUACCGCCUCGCCAUCAAGACUACGUUGGGGGACGAUUUUGAGGGUCAUGUAUUAACCUACGACAAAUCCAGCAACAUUGUUGUCAUUCAGGAGAGUGACAGUGCUGGACCCCGGCGAAACCUACGGUUUGUGAAGGCAAAUUACAUAAAGGACUUCACGUUUCUUGGGAAAGUGGAGGAGCCUCUUGAUAUCAAGAGUCCAUAUUUGGACCUCAACAGUCUACGGUCUCGAGAAGAAGCUGCCAUUAGACAGGCUGAGGCGGACGCAGAACGUAUUGGUGUAGGAGUGUCGCAAGAAGCGCAAGACAUUUUUGACGCCCUGUCGAAGACGCUUCCAGUGCGAUGGGAGAAGACAUCCAUUGUUGUACUGAAUGAUGUGCGGGUCAACAAUCCGUACCUUCCUGAAAAUGUUACAGGGGGGCCCCCAGCUGCCAACGAACGGGUUAGGAAAGUGCUGGAAUUGGAAAGGAAGAGGCUUCAAAAUCGAGGAACCAGCUAAGACUCAAUUGAACAAGGCUACAACACUUUGGAAAACUCUCUUCUCAGCUUAAAGUUUGAGAGAGAGGGUUUGGGCUGUAGUUAUUGUGGCAUCUCGAAAGUUGCAUUCCGUGUGGCUGGAUGGUCUGCAAGCUGUGUUCUAGAUUUUUUCUUGCUUGGAGGUAUUAUUUUACAGCUUUGGUCACUUCUUGUAAGGGUGUUGUCCUCGCUUUAUGGGCAACCAUUGCAAUUGCCUACAUUCUGGUUGGGU